AUGAGUAACUCAGGAUUAAUCACGAAGAUAUCAGGAGUAUCAAAGGCUCAAUUACAACGCGUGGCGGGGCUACUACUUGUGGUGGCCGUAUGGGUGGUCUACUUUGUUUGGUGGACGCCGAGGCGAUUGGAGCGCGCGCUCCGGCCGCAGGGCCUCGAUGGCACCCCCUACCGCUUCCCCCACGGCGACCGGGAGCAGAGCGCCCGGCUCGACAGGGAAGUGCACGCCAAGCCCAUGCCCUUCUCUCACAGCAUCAUCCCUCGCGUUGCUCCUUUCACCCACCGUACCGUGAGCCAAUAUGGUAAAAUAUCUUUCACUUGGGCAGGCUCUGUACCCGAAGUGACCAUCACGGAUGUGGGAUUGUUCUUCUUCAAAGGAGAUUUCACUUACGAGAGUGAAAAGUGGGUGAAGCAUCGGAGGAUUCUGAACCCUGCUUUCCAUAUGGAGAAGUUGAAGCAAAUGGGAGAAUACGGUGGGUUCGGGGACAGGUUACGAGUUAGCUGUUUGGCUGGAGAUGUCAUCGCAAGAGCAGCUUUCGGAACCAGCUAUGAAGAAGGAAGACGGAUCUACCAGCUUCAAGCUCAGCAGGCUGUUCUCUUCGUUCAGCCCGCCCGAUAUCUACGUAUCCCUGGCGACAAGUGA